UUAUUGGCAUGUUGACCAGCUCAAUUAAACGUGCAUGUUUUGCGUUUACAUAAAGUCUUACGUAGUGUCGUCGCUACUGCAACUGCUAGUGUCGUCCAUGUGUUGUCGGCGUUGGUUCUUACUGGUGCUGAUGGGUCGGUUAUGGGUCGGUUGUAAUAUGCGGCGCACGAGGGUCACCAAAUCCUUAGAGUACGAUGCAUCUUGCGGGAGUGACGACGAACUAGUGGUGCUGCGGGGACUGUCGUUGUUGCCACUGCUUGACGAGGACGACGGGGCUGUCUGUGGAUCUUCUGACCGGUAGCCUCGAGUAGGUAUCUUCUUUCGGUCUAACUUGCGUUGGUUGGCGUUGGCCCGGAUGCGAUGCAUGUGGCACAGGCUCAAGUACGUGCCGUCUGUCUUUUGUGCGCGAAAGUGUGGACAUUUCCCCGUGGAAUAUCGACACAACAAACCCGCGGCAGCAUCCUCGGCGGAACCCACGAUGUCGUCGUCUCUCACAUACAGACUUGGAAAGCGCGGGAUUUUGGCCGCGAUGGCAUGCAUGGACAUGGGCGGCACGACAGAAGACGAGGAUGGGGACACUUCAGUUCGAGGUGCCAGCAUGACGGUGGGGGUGGAUUUGUGGGCUCGGAACCGCCGGUGGUGGUACUCAGUUGCGCGUAGGAGAUGCAUCGUGUCGAUCAUGAGAGAUCGUUCGUGCUUCUCCUGGGUCAACUUCUCUCGUCGCUUCAUGAUGUUCACGCGAAUCUGUUCCAUGGAGAUGGCGCGUUGACCCGUGGGUGCAUUCUCCACUUUGGGCCUGUCCUGCUCGCCUGGCUUAAGUCGCUUGAACGGUGGAUGCGGACGAAGCACCUUACUGUUAGCGUCCGAAGACGAGGGAGCGAUGGUCUUGUCCUCCUCCACCUUGCUAAAGUUCAUCAGCACCAUGGCGAUGGACGAGUGUGUUGGCGACGACGGCAUCGCAGUGACGGACGGGGUUCGGAAAUGACCGUCAGAACCGAGUUGUGGCGAUUCUCGA